UUUUUGACAUUAUGUGACAGUGACAGUUAGCAAUACACAUGGAGGAACAUUGUGGUUAUGUCAGUUCGUUUUAAUUGCAGCGUGUUUGUGAGUUGUAUACACGCUUGUUAUAUGUGAUACAAAAAUACUUUUAAAAUAUUUAAAAAUUUGUUUGUAUAUUUGCUAAAAACAUUAACGCAAAAUGGCAGAACUUGUGCAACGUCAUAUGGAGUCCAUGGCUGAAGAAAUGGAAGAAAUGAGGAGAACAGAGUUAUAUACAUUAAAAGAAUUGCGAUUCAUAUUAAAAACACGGAAAGAAUUUGAGUAUAAAAUUAAUGGAGUUUCAAAAAACCUGAAGGAUUUUAAAGAGUACAUUAUGUAUGAAAAAGUUUUGUUGAAACAGAUACAUAACCGACGUGAUAAAAAUAAAAUCGCUGAAAGAAAAAGCGCAAUAGAAUAUAAAAUUUUAAGAAGAAUAAGAAAUCUGUAUGAAAUAGCACUGCAACGAUUUGCAGGCGAUUUUUCAUUAUGUUUGUCAUACUUUAAGUUUUGCAAACAGUCAAAUUAUAUCAAUGCUGCCUCCGUUGCUGUCCAAAAUAUGAUAAAGAAUUGUGCCCAAAAUCCAGAUGUUUGGCAGGUUGCAGCUGCCUGGUAUGCUCACGAUCGCAAUGAUCUCAACACUGCUCUAACAGUUCUUAAUAAAGGUUUAACUCUACAUAAAAACAGUCAACUUUUGUAUACUGAAGCUAUAAAAUUGGAAUUGUCAGUUAUGAAAAAUCACAAUACUAGAACAGAUGGGGAUGAUUUGCCCAACAAAGUAUGCAAAAAGAUAGAGACGUAUGUUAAUUUCAUAUGUGAUUGUAUCAAUGACUGUUGUUAUCUAAUUGAAAUUUUAAAUUUAUUAGAAUCAUACAAUUUUACAACUCCUGUUCAAAAUUUAAUGAUUAAAAAACUUUUACAAAAUCAUUCAGAAAAGGAAAUUGUAUGGCAAACGUUAGCACAAAGGGAAAAGAGGGGUCUUCAUUAUGGUAUAUCUAAUGAAGAACAACGUUCGGGAAAAGAUUGUCUCACUUUGUGUUUUGAAAAAUAUAAAGAAGGUCUGAGUAGAGUAUCGUCGCUGGAAAAAGCAAGCCUUUGGUCAUUAUACUUAGAUUGCUUAGUUGAAGCACAAGUUGAUCGUGACAGUUAUGGGUUAUUAAAAAAUGACACAACUGUUUUACUUAAGUCAGCUUUAGAACAAGCUUCUAAUGAAAAGUAUUUGACAGAAAGAUAUUACAUAAAAUGGUUAGAAUUAGUGACAGAUGAAGAAGCCUUGCAUAUCCUAGAAAAAGGUACCUCGGCAUUACCACAUUCUGUUGACUUAUGGAAAUUACGUCUGCGUUAUGCAACAAUGACUGAUAAAAAUAUCAAGGUAGAUGAAGUUUUUAAUCGAGGAUUAGAAAUGUUAAAAGAACGCUCUUUACCAUUAUGGUUUAUGUAUAUUCGUUAUUAUACUUUAUUAUCUAGAGAUGAUAUGAUUGAUGAUAUAUAUACUAAAGGUAUUACAUAUCCACAAGAAAUUUCUGAGGUAUUGAAACCAAGAUAUAUUGAAUGGUUAGCACUAGCUAAAGGUAUUCAUGUUGCACGAAAAAUGUAUUAUAAGUUGGCGAACGAAAAACCUUAUUGCAAAGAACUGCAUUUCAGUAUGUCUAAAUUAGAAUCUACAGAAAUUGAACAUGAUUAUGAGGGAUGGGCCCGAGUUCAUGAACUAGCAUGUAAGCAGUUUGGAGAAGAAGAUGUAGAUGUAUGGAUAAAUCAUAUUUUGUUUUAUUUACAUUUUAACAAAUCUGAUAAUGUUAACGAGAAGAUACAACGUAUUUAUACAGAAGCUGAAAAUACUCUGUCACCUCUUUUACAGUCAGAUUUUAAAGAAAAGUACGCUAAGGCUCUUUCUGAACAAUAGAAAAAUUGUAUAUUUUAAAACGUUAUUUUUUAAUAAAUCAUUAUUAACGCAA